GGGCCGUGCAACCGGUCGGACCGGCCGGGAUGCAAACGAGACUGCAGGGGGCCGGGCCUCGGGCGGGGGCGCGGGGAGGAGGCGCGGGAGCCCGCCAGCCGGGGCUCCGGCGGGGAGAGGGGCGGCGACGAGCAUGGGAGCGCGGGCCCCCGGCCGCCCGCAGCCCCUGGAGCCCCGCCCGGCGCGGAGAGGCCGCGCGGGAGCCGAGAUGUGUCUGCGCCUGGGUGGCCCGAAUGUGAGUGACUCUGGGAAGGUGCUGAUGAAGCGGGGGCUGGUGCUGGUGGUACUCGGCCACCUGAGCUUCAUCGCCGCCGCCCUCCUCCACGGCACGGUCCUGCGCUACGUGGCUACCCCGCACGACGCCGUGGCACUGCAGUACUGCGUGGUCAACAUCCUCUCCGUCACACUGGCCAUCGUGGUCAUCACCUCAGGCAUCGUCACGAUCGUCUUGUCGCGCUAUCUUCCCAGUGUCCCUCUGCGCUGGACAGUGUUCGGCUCGAGUGUGGCCUGCGCCCUUCUGGCUCUCACCUGUGCCCUUGGCCUUUUGGCCUCCAUCGCCGUGACCUUUGCCACCCAGGGCCAGGCACUGCUGGCCGCCUGCACUUUUGGGAGCCCUGGGCUCCUGGCCCUGGCCCCCAACUGUCCCUUCGACCCCACACGCAUUUAUAGCUCCAGCCUGUGCCUCUGGGGCAUCUCGCUUGUGUUCUGCGUGGCCGAGAGCGUGUGCGCCGUGCGCUGUGCCCAGUUCGCCCACCACCUGCUGGGCCUGAGGCCCUGGUGGGGGAAAAGCCACCAACACUCGUUCCAGGACAGCCCAGAGCCUGUGGAGAGCCGUGACCUGCUGAGCUGCACCAGCUCCGAGCCGCUGACCCUCUGA